AUGGCUGACUCAGUAGCUAUAUUUGGGAUCGGGCUCAUCUGUCAAAGGAGCAAUUCAUGCUCUUGUGUAGUUGAAGUAGAUGAAGCAAUUCGGGCACUUUGGGCUUCAUUUCUCUUGUUACAUCUUGGCGGUCCAGACACCAUCACUGCCUUCUCUUUAGAGGACAGUUUGCUUUGGCGACGGCACACACUCAGUCUCAUCUUUCAAGGUGGUGUUGCUAUCUAUGUCUUUGUGCAGAUAUUUUCUAACAACAAGUCGUUGGCUACCCCAACGAUCUUGGUAUUUCUUAUUGCAAUCAUAAAAAAUGUGGAGAGGUUAGUCGCACUCAACCUCUCGAGCCUCCCAAAGAUGAAGCAAUCGAUGCUGUCACAACAGAGGUCUUCUCAUGGUGAAGAUCGAACGUUGCUUAGAGAAAUCAACUUUCCAAAUGAUGGAAGUUCUAAUGAAGGAGAACCAAAGCUUGACGAGAGUAUUGUGGUGAAGCAUGCUUUCUACUUCUUUCAAAUUUUUAAGAUCUUCAUUGGAGAUCUCAUCUUCUCAAGAGAAGAACGCCAAAUGAGUCGCCAAUAUUUCCAAAAUGUUUCUGCAAUGGAUGCAUUGAGGGUGAUAUCUGUUGAACUCCAAUUCAUUUACGAGGUUCUUCAUACCAAAGCAUUGGCUAUACGUUCCACAUUGAGCUACUUUUUCCGCUUCAUAGCCUUCACUCACAUUGUGAUUGCUUUCAUCUUGUUCAUUCGCUUAGAGAGGCAUCGGCUUCAUGCACUUGAUGUGAAAAUUACUUAUUCCCUUUUUCUGGGAGGGAUUGCUCUUGAUGUCAUAGCUUUGUUCAUGCUCAUUUUCUCUGAUUGGACUGUUGCUGAAAUCAAAGGCUACAACAGAGGAUCAUCUCAACGAGAUUCAUUUCUCAACAAGUUGAUAUCCGCCAUGGAUCACCUGAGGAAGCCUCGAUUCACCACAUGUGAAGAGCCUAAAGCCAAUGCUACUUACGAGGUCUUAAAUACACUAUUAAUAUUUCAAAGGUGGUCAGAAUCUAUCUCUGCUUGCAACCUUUUCUCUGAGUUCUCAAAGGAGAGCCCGAGAAAGAUGUAUAAGCGUGAUUGCUGUCAGGGCAUCACUUGCAUUUGUAAUAUAUGUUGUUUUCCAAUCCUUAUGGUUAAGGGGAUAAUCUCUUGUCUCCAUCAAGCUGGUGGGACAAUGGCCGGAGGUGGUGGCCAGGGGGCUUUUAGGUUUGAUAGAGCACAAAUGAUUGCAAACACAAAGUAUGUGUCCAAAAAUCCCUUUAUUAAUAAGUUAUGGAUCUUUAUGUUUGAGGAGGUGAGACGUAAAUCCAUCGAAGCGAAUGAUGAAACACAGGUGAAGAAUGUAUUUGAUGCUAGAGGUGAUAUGUUUCUCCAAAGUAUCAUGGAGGAGAUCGAUUGCAGCGAACUUUUAGUGCAUGUCACUGACACUAAAUUUGAUUUCAGUAUUUUAGCAUGGCAUAUUGCUACCGAAAUGUGGUACAUCAUGGAUGAAGAAAAUAUGGGCUCCAUAGCUAGAAAUGAUGAAAGGGAAUUUAGCAAAAUCCUUUCCGACUACAUGGUGUAUCUCUUACUUAAUCAGUCUGAUGUGGUAUCCGCUGUGGGGGACGUUGCCCAAAUGACAUCAGCAGAGAUAUUAUUUGAGAUAUGGGUGCAGACUUUUGGUUUUACCAUGAGUGUGGAGGAUUUAUGCAAUAAAUUGUACAAGGUUUCUCCCAGCACCUUGAAUUCCACAUCCACGCUUGGCGAGGGGAUCAAAUUGGCUCAAGAGAUGGCAAGGCUUGGGGAUAUGAAGUGGAAGGUGAUGAGCGGAGUGUGGGUUGAAAUGUUGUCAUAUGCAGCAAGUCAUAUUAAGGGAAAUGCACAUGUGCUGGUGUUGAGUAAAGGUGGAGAACUUCUAGCCUUUGUUUGGCUGUUGAUGGCUCAUUUUGGUUGUUUCUACAGUUCUGAAUGGGGCAUCUAUCGUGAGUAG